AUGGACCAGCCACGUUGUAUUCAAAAUCUCGCCGAUGAGCUGCUGAGCGAAAUCCUGGCCAUUCUAUUGGAAUCUGCGCCGCACACUUCGAAUGGCAAAAUAUAUACCAAUGGAAAUUAUAGCAAUGGGGAGACGCAACAUAAACCGGUUCGAUACGGAGAGACAUCCGAUCUGGAUCGAUUUCGCCUAGUCUGUAAACGCUUUAUGCGGAUCGGCACACCUCGAAAGUUUGCGCGCUUCAACCUACGAUUCUCGAAGGAUGGGUUCCGGCGACUUGGGGAGUUGCUAGACAUGCAGCGGGCCUGCUACGUAAAAACGGUGACAUAUCUCGUGCGACCCUUCUAUCAAGGCGGCGGGUGGUCACCAAUAUUCCAGAAACUCGACAUCGAUAACCCACCACUCGCACAAGUGCACAGUCGACGAUUGCACGAACAAAUUACUCUCAUCGAAACAAGCCAGGAUCUUGUCCAGCUUCGCUCGGGAAUUGCCGCCUUUUCAGCACUGCAAGAAAUCAAGUUACUCCGCUUGCAAGAUCAGGACGACGAACGCCUACUCGACUUUAUUCGCGACCGUUCCAUCCGCAAUGCUGAGAGCACGGAUCCCAGCACAGCUCGGUUCGAGUGGGAAUCAGCAUGUUCGCGCGCAGUAACGACUCUGGGAAUCGCCCUUUUAGGGUCUCAGUGUACUGCUAUUCGUUUCAUCGGGCCCCAGAUCAGCCCCGAAGCUACACUGCAACUCCUGAAAGCACCGUCUACUACUCUCGCCGCGAUGGGAAGCCGGCUCACCAGCCUUGAUAUCAACUUUCAUUCCAAUGCCGACAUUACCACAACCAUGUCUGACCUGUCUGGCGUCUUUAACCGCUUCUUUGCCGAAGCCAAAAACCUUGUCGCCAUUCAUCUCGGCUUUCCACCCAAGGCCCCUCUCGACCUAGAUCUCGAGGCCAUUUUUCAUGAUAUCCGGUGGAAAACACUUCGCACCCUCAGUCUGCAAGGCUGGCGUUUGAGAGCCGACGAGAUUAUAUCCCUAGCCCGUCGACAUCGCCGCCAACUCCGAGACUUUCGCUUAAAUGCCGUCUACCUCCGCUCUAUGGGGCGUUGGAGGGACGUGCUCACAGUACUCCGCGAAGAAAUGGAACGUCUGGAUCGAGUGGAGCUGUAUGAUAUCGACUAUGCAGAUCAUUUUGAUACAGUAUCCAUGACUAGCGGGAUUGAAGUGUUCGACGCGGACCUUCCUGCACCGGCACCAUCCUCGCUUUCGGUUGCAGCAGCCGCAUCCUUUCCGGAGCAACCUUGGACUUCGGAACCUUCGUCUGGCAGCUCUUUGUUUUCGCCUUUAAUGCAUGGAAGACGGGUACCUUUGAGCCGUGCGUCAUUAGAAAAGCUACGAAGUCUUUCGAAAGAUGAUAUUGAGGACAAUGGCUACAUUGUUCAAAGAGACCAAAUACCACUCUGGACGGCAUGGGUUUUGUCUGCAAAACAACGACGUAUGCAUAGUAACGGGCAUGGAAAUGGGCAUUGGAAUGCGUAUCACAUGUAA